AUGGAGAAGGGUGGACUUGCUUAUGUUCUUCGCCGGAGCACGCUCCUCAAGAACAGGGCCUUAACAACAUCGGUUGUUUUACUUCCUGCAACUGCACGUCAGGUAAAGUCACGAUUUUGUUUCUUCUGACACUGAAUGUUUCGUGAUUACGCUUGCUUUAGGUCAUUUUCUUCAAAAUAAUCAUGUGGCUUACUGGAUCUCGACGCAUCUCACGCAGCUCCCUCUCCCUCGGAUGCAUCGGCGUCCCCGGAGAAGAAGCAGUUGUCUCAGAAACCGCUGGUUCUGAUUCUCCUGCUCUGCGUCAUAUCGGCCACGAUCGCGUUCCUUUCCUUGGCAUCGUACUGUGCGUGUCGGAAGCCCUCAUGGCGGAUACAGCUCCCCGCGUUUUCUUCCGAUGGAGACCCCAGUUCGAACAGGGAAUCGGAUUUCCUCUGCCACCAGGCGAGUCUGCUUCCGAAGCCUCCGAAUUCCGGGCUCCACCCGACAACAGGUGAAAGAGCAUCCCUUUUCCCAGUUUCUGGGGCAUUUGAUGAUUUUCAUAUCUCGGAGGAAGAUCGUCGUCUUGUUCCAUGAUCCAGCCAGCUAACGUUUUGGAGGGAACACGCGGCGAAUAUCUGAAGCAAGAAUUUGGGCUGAACUGAGCCUGAUUUCCUGCAAAUUGAUUCACUUAUUUAUUCAGGUUUCCGUCGCAGGGUCUGAACGACGGGCAUCGCUCUGUUGCAUCGCACAGUUCUCCUACGCUGAGUUGGAGCGCGCUACUGGCGGAUUCUCGGAGGAGAACCUGGUCGGCUCAGGAGGAAGCAGCGACGUAUACCGUGGCCGCCUGACAGAUGGGAGGUUCGUCGCCAUUAAAAAGCUUAAACUGGCGGGAUGCCCCGGUGCGGAUUCCGAGUUCAUGACGGAGGUUCCCCCUUCUUCUGUGUCUUCUUCUUCUUCUUCUGCUAUUUCUCCGUCGUCGUCUUCUUCUACUGCUUCUUCCUUGUUUUUUGCUUCUUCGUCUUCGUCGUCUUCUUCUACUUCUUAAUCUUCUUCGUCACAUUUUGUGCUCAGAUCGAAUUGAUAUCAAAGCUAAACCAUCGCCACGUUGUGCCCCUGCUUGGAUACUGCGUGGAGCGCCGGCAGAAGAGCUCCCAGAGGCUUCUGGUGCUCGAGUACAUGCCCAACGGGAGCCUCAGGGAUUCUCUGGAUGUGCAGAGUGGGGGGAAGCCCAUUGACUGGGGAGCCCGCGUUGGGAUCGCGCUGGGAGUCGCGAGGGGCUUGGAGUACCUACACGAAGCCGCCGCUCCGCGAAUCUUGCACCGGGACGUCAAGUCCGGCAACAUUCUCCUCGACGACCUCUUCACGGCGAAGGUAGGCUUUACCGAAGGGAUGAACGAGCAGCUGUCAAUGUUGAAAACUCGUCGUCUUCAACAUCUGUCUGGUUCCUCUGCCCGCCAGAUAACGGAUCUGGGGAUGGCCAAGCGUCUGACGAGCGGCGAGCUCGCCGGAUGCUCGAGUUCUCCUGCACGGAUGCUGGGGACCUUCGGGUAUUUCGCCCCCGAGUGCGCGAUCACGGGGAGGGCCUCGCUGAAGUCGGACGUCUUCAGCUUCGGGGUGGUGGUUCUGGAGCUGAUCACCGGCCGCCGGCCGAUCCAUCGGGCGAAGAACCAGGGCGAGGAGAGCCUGGUGAUAUGGGUACAAACAACAAAUUUAUCCCCUCCGGCGAAAUAAUCUGCCUGAACCCGCCGGCGAAUCUCCUCCGCCUCACGCCAUGCAAUGCCAUGACGCAGGCGGCGCCGCUACUGCGCAGCAGCAAGUUAGCCCCCUCCGAGCUGCCCGAUCCCCUCCUGAGAGGAAGUUUCCCCGAGGAGGAGAUGCUGAUCAUUGCGCGUUUGGCCAGAGAAUGCCUGCAGUGGGACGCGGACUCUCGACCAUCCAUGAGCGAGGUCGUUCAAGUCCUCUCCGCCAUCGCUCCAGGCAGACCGAGGAGGAGGACCCUCUCAACCAGCGUCACCAUGGUGGGUACAAACAACCAGAAGAAGCCCAAGCUCUCCAGGUCUUCUCGAGAUCUCAUCUCUCUCUCUGUCUCUCUUUGCGUGCGUCCUUGGACAGAGCUCCUCGCCGGACAUCGGCGAGAGCGGCUCCGAGGCCGAGCUGGAGCUGAGGGGGGUGAACCCUGGGGUAACACGGGCGACGGCAUUGACGGCGAUCACAGUGUUGACCCCCCCUCGCCGCUGGACUGCGGACGAUGAAGAAUCUGUGGACCUCACGGAGCCCCAGUUCAAAUCGUUCAUACAAGAAGUCGUGUGCAUUACGAUCCAGUAG